CAAAUCGAUGCUGCUUUAAUUGGAAUGGCUGGCACUGACACAGGCGGGGACUGUGGCUAUCAACAACAAGUGGCAAAUCAGAAGUCUACAAUGUGAUAAUAAGUAAGGCGGCAGGGUUCAUAAGAAACAGUCGGAGGCAGCGCGAGUCAGUUGAGGAGCACGAGUCGCAGCGCGAACAACAGCCAAACACAACACACACACAACACACACAAUUCCAAAAGGAUUAACUAACUAGCAGAAGCGAACUCUUAACAAGAUGCAUUCAUGGCUGCUUAUGACAAUGUUGGCGGCGACGCUGAUGCUAACUGUGGCAUGGGCUAAGCCUUUGGGUCUGGACGAUCUCCAGGAGACGGGGCAGACCGAUGAGCAGCUGCUCAAGUUGCUGGGCGGGCACAGCUUGGAGGAGGACGGUUCAGUCAGUGUGGAGAAUGUGCGUCUGCAUCGCUCAGUGCUCGAUGCCAGAGUAUUGUCUAACGCUGAGUUUGAAAAAGCUAUCCAUGAUUUUUUGUAUGAAAAGCAGCAGAACAAUGAAGUCAGUUUAUCAGAGGAGAAGAUGCAAAUACGUAGGAGGCGAGCAGCUGGCGAAGAUUCAAGCGGCUCAUCUGAGGAGGGCGCCAAAGCAAAGAAGCAGCAGCCGGAGAAGCAGCAGCAGGCAAAGACUAACAGCUCAUCAGAGGAGACGCCGGAUGCCAAGCAACAGUCGGAGAAGCAGCAGCAGGAAAAGGAAGACAGCUCGUCAGAGGAGAAGCCCCAAGCACGCAAGAGCCGAUCAGCUGGUGAGGAUUCAAGCAGCUCAUCCGAAGAAGAUGGCCAGGGGCAGGAGCCGAAGAAGAAGCCUGAGGCACAGCCUGAGGCACAGCCCGAGCCACAGCCCGAGCCACAGCCAGAGGCACAGCCAGAGCCGCUUCCCGAGCCGCAGCCUGAGUCACAGCCAGAGCCGCUUCCCGAGCCACAGCCAGAAGCACAGCCAGAGCAGCUUCCCGAGUCACAGCCUGAGGCACAGCCAGAGUCACAGCCCGAGCAGGAGCAGGCGGCUCAGACGACGCGUCGCCGGCGUGCGGCGAUGCCGGAAACUGACAGCCAGCUGCUGGAACAUCUGGAACCAGUCCACAGUAUUGACCAGCUGGAGCAGUUGGGCGAAGCAAGCGAUUCACUCAACAUGGAGGACUAUGCACAGGGCUGUGAGGUGCUCGAGGUGGACUCCAACGAGGUCAACAAUGAGACCACCUACGUGGAGUAG